AAUGGCUAUAUAAGCCCCGAUCGACGGUCGAGCCAAAAACAUUUGUGUGGACCGUGUGAGCGCGUAAGCAGAUCAGAAUGAAGCUUCUGUUGGUUCUGCCACUCCUGGUGGCUGUGGUCUCUGGACAGGGAUUUGGAGGCGGAUUUGGAGGUGGAUUCGGAGGUGGCCUAGGCAACAAUCGAGUGACUGGAGCAUUCCAAAAUGUGGCGGGCGCCGUUCAGAAUGCUGCAGGCAGCCUUGCCAGUGCCGUGUCCAAAGUGCCUCUGCUCUCGAAUGUCCAGAACUUUGGUGACUUUUUGAGUCAAUCUGGAAAGACCUAUUUAUCCGCCGCUGAUCGCGCUCUUCACGAACGUGCCUUCGCCUCUACCAAGAACGUGGUGGACGCCGGAAACGCAGCCUUUGCCAAGGGAGUGAGCACCUUCAAGCAGUCUGUGAACGCAUUCGCCGAUCUGACCCACCCUGAGUUCCUUAGUCAAUUGACCGGUCUCAAGAGAAGUCCGGAGGCUAAAGCUCGUGCUGCUGCCAGCUUGAAGGAGGUCAUUUUGCCUAAGAAGCCCAUCCCGGAUGCCUUCGAUUGGCGCGAGCAUGGCGGUGUCACGCCCGUAAAAUUCCAGGGAACCUGCGGCUCCUGUUGGGCUUUUGCCACCACUGGAGCCAUCGAGGGACACACCUUCCGCAAGACCGGCAGCCUGCCCAAUCUCUCUGAGCAGAAUCUGGUCGACUGUGGCCCACUCGAGGAUUUCAGCCUGAAUGGCUGCGAUGGUGGCUUCCAGGAGGCCGCAUUCUGUUUCAUCGAUGAGGUGCAGAAGGGCGUGUCCCAGGCGGGAGCCUAUCCCUACAAGGACAACAAGGAAACAUGCAAGUACGACGGCAAAAAGUCCGGAGCCAGCCUUAAGGGAUUCGCUGCUAUUCCGCCCAAGGACGAGGAGCAGCUGAAGAAGGUGGUGGCCACCCUGGGUCCAGUUGCCUGUUCGGUGAAUGGCUUGGAGACUCUUAAGAACUAUGCCGGUGGCAUCUAUAACGACGACGAAUGCAACAAAGGCGAGCCAAACCACUCGAUUCUGGUCGUCGGUUACGGAUCGGAGAACGGACAGGAUUACUGGAUCAUCAAGAACUCGUGGGACGACACCUGGGGCGAACAGGGCUACUUCCGCCUGCCCCGCGGCCAGAACUACUGCUUCAUUGCUGAGGAGUGCUCCUAUCCUGUGGUUUAAGUGAAGUUUGUGAUGUCGACUUGGCCUUGUGUCCAUUUCUUAAAUAAAAGUCUUUUUUAAAUUUA